AUGUCAACCUCGAUAUACAACCCAUCACAGGAUUCGAGCCGAAGCUCGACGAGAUCCCGUCACCAUCGCUCAUCAAUAUCUUUGCAUUCGAAACCUGGUCUCGGUCUCAUCAAAACCAUCUCGAGGGACUUCGUUCACGGGUGGCAUGCACCUACCACUUUGCAAAAAGAACCCACCAGCCCACCACCCUCUGCUGCUGUGUCUCAACCAUAUAAGCCCAGAUAUGCUGCGCGCGACGCGAUGAAGGGGUUUGCUCCGGUGGCAUCUCGCGAAACACAUGAUGCUGGAACAUGUACGAACUCAUAUUCUAGCGAGCAUAGUAAAGACCCAUCUCGUCCUCGACAAGACUCGCUCGCACCUAUCUCUCCUAUCACCUCCGAUGCUACCAAACCUCUCGCCUACGUAGAAGCAGGACUAAUCCCCGACCACUCCUUCGAUACCUGGACCGCAGCUUGGGAUUCUGCCUACGAGCGACGAGUAAAAUCAACUCAUUACUGUGCUUCUCCAACAUCCCCAACUUCUCCUCAAACCUUAAGCUCUGCCUCAUCAAUGGCAGCAACAGAAAAGAGGAAACGCCCAAGCAACACUCGUCCACCGCUUACAGGCCGUCUCUCUCUAACAGAUGCAGAUGUCAAACGAUUUGUAUUCGGGGACAGAGAAGAUAGAAAACGGGGCUAUGAGUCUCCGGAGUCGUUUCUGGUGCCUAGACGUGAUAGUGAGGUGCCGAGUUUGGUGCUUUCGGAGGGGUCAAGUAGGGAUAGUGGGUUAGAGGAUCUGGAAGAGGAAGAGGAGAGUGAUGAGGAAGUGAAAGCUGUAGUGGAUAGAAAGGCGAGCGGGGACCGCGGUUUGAGGAUGAGUAAAACAGCACUAAAGGAGAAGAGACACGGGAGGGUUUUUGUUGCACCUGUAGUUGAAGAGCCGGAGGUUUGGAUGAAGAUGAUCAACACCAUACUAUUUGCGUCCAUGAGAUUCUUGCCGCUGGACAAGGCCGAUGACUCAUUGUCUGAAAGCGAAUUAGUGAACGUACAGGUUAUCAGAUCGAACCUCAAGGCUGUGCCAACAGAAAGUGGGAAAGAUGAUCAGGUGGAGUAUCCAACCGAGCCACGAGAGAAGUGUGAACUCGUCGAAUCAGCAUGUUUGAAGAGAUACCCUGCAGAGCAAGGCAGGAACGAGCGACUGCUGGACUUCUGGACCGAGUUUGAAGCAAACUACGAGCUCACAUCAGUCGAGGGACAUCCUCUCGUUCCUCAUGGCGAACCAUUCCAAUUCGACGCCGGCAACAAGUUGAGUGAGGUCUUGAACUUCAUCUUGAAUAUCCAAGACAACGAGUACAACGACUGGUUCGGUCGGAACCUGCCUCGACAGGCUACAUAG